UAGGAAAUGUAGAUAAUUAAGCAUGAUGUGUAUUUAAGAAGUUGUUUAGUUGUUUAAAGUUUCUUGUACACAGUAAAACGGAUAAAAUUCAUCAAGACAAAAGAAACAGAUAUCUUGUUCUUUGCAUCUAUACAAACGAUUUUAGAAAAUGUGAAGUUUCAUACGAUGGUGGCUAAAUGAGUUUAUAACGCGUAUAUACUCUUGAGCAUAAGAAGACGAGCAUUACUAGCACCUUUUGAAAUGUAUUGAGAGGAUUCCCGAUAAUCUGAAUCAUUUGAAUGCCUAUAAAAUCACACUGGACAGAGACGACGAUGACACUGCUGUCCUGGGUAAUGGUACCUUUGGCACAGUUCUCCUUUGCUACCAUGAACGGUAUAACCGUUGUGCAGUUAAAUGCAUGGAAGCCCGUGAUGAUUAUAACGUAGAUAGUUCCCUGAAAGAGGUGGGCAUCUUUCUGAAGGCCGACCACCCCAACAUUGUACGGGUGUAUGGAAUCACAAGCUGGGUCGGAUCAUUCGGUAUCAUCAUGGAGUAUAUGGAGAGAGGGAACCUGUCGGUGCUCAUAGAAUCAGCGCGUACGCACAAAUAUCAAAUUCCAUUUAACCUGUUGGUGCGGAUCCUGCUUCAGGUUGCAAACGGGGUGGCGUUUCUGCACAAAAUCGGAGAAGACCAGCAGAUCGUUCACGGAGAUCUGAAACCUUCUAACAUCGUGCUGAAGGAUGACUUCACCGCAAAAGUGGCCGACUUCGGAGGAGCAACUCUACGUACUUACACCAAAACAGGCGAAAUUACGUCACGCGAUGCUGAAAACACCGUUCACACGCCACUGUACACCGCUCCCGAGCGACUGAAAGAUCUGUAUCUGCCAGCUACUAAAGCAUCCGAUGUUUACAGCUAUGGGAUGAUCAUCUACGAAUGUCUUAGCGAUGCUUCUGCUUGCCGCUUAAAAUUCGAUAAGAAUGUUAGCUUAAGACGGGUAAUUAUAAAUGAAAAGUUUAAGUUACCACGUGAUAGAAUAGAGAAGAAAAAGAAAGAUUGCGGGGAACAACUUCCCAGUCUGCUUUGUCUUGAGCAAUGCAUGGAAAAGUGCCGCCAGUUCAAUAAAGAAAAUCGGCAAACAAUGAUUGUGACUCGUAAUCAGCUACAGCUACAUUUUGACAAAGUGGCACAAAAAAACGUCUUGAACAGCAUUGCUGAGGUUUCCUCUAAUCUUGGGUCUUGUACAAAAACUCCUGCAUCAUCGAGUCAACUGAUUUGUCUAAAACACUUGAGCCCACCAUCUUUCAGGCCGUCCCAUGUUCCGCCGCACGUCUCGGUCAAUAAAGAGUUCGUCGAAACCAAACCUUUAAUAAAGAGUUCUUCUUUAAUCGUCGAAACUACCCUUUUUCAGGAAGGGGAAACCAAACCUUUAAUGGCUUUACCACCAACAACAAACAACUCUGUGUUGGAUGAAAAGAUAUUACCGCUCAUUAAAGGAGCUGAAACCGCAGUGAUAUCGGGCCCCAACCCGGAAACAGUCCUCCAAGCGUUAAACAACGCAUUGGAAGAAAAAGGAGAAUUAGGCACCGUUGAAAGCACUCGUCUUGUUUACGAAUUACACCUUCUGUGUCAAAAAUUCAACGAAACAGAAUCACUCGCCGCUCGUGAGCUGGUCAGGCAUUGUGUGAAAAGAUGCUUGGGUAUCGAGGAUAAAAAUGUACGAAAGGGCUAUCAUGACAGCUUCCUCGAGAAACUGUAGGCUGUGGUGUCAAUCAACAUCAUUUCAUACAAUGCCCUUACUGUCGUGUAGUAAUAUGUAGACAUAGUAUAUUUGCUUACUGCUAAAUAUAAUCAGUGUGUUUUGCAAUGUGUGUAAGAUAUAACCCAGUAAAGUUAAUUAAUCAUUUGCUUAUAUAUAUGCGUAUGUGAAAAUUAGUUUAGACCCAAAUAAACCACGCUUUUAGGCAAAA